CCCUCUAGCAUCAUGUCCUUCAACUGCUCCACAAGAAAUUGCUCUUCCAGGCCCAUUGGAGGACUCUGUGCUAACCAGGUGACCCCCGUCACCACUGCUUCCGCCCGUGAUGUUGACUGCCUGAGUGGCAUCUAUUUGCCCAGUUCCUUCCAGACUGGCUCUUGGCUCCUGGACCAUUGCCAGGAGUCCAACUGCGAGCCCACAGUUUGUCAGCCAACCUGUUACCCGAGAACUUCUUGUAUCUCCAAUCCAGUCCAGGUAACUUGUUCUCGACAAACUACCUGUGUCUCCAAUUCCUGCUCAACUCCCUGCAGCCGGCCACUCACCUUUGUCUCCAGUGGCUGUCAGCCUCUGGGAGGCAUUUCCAGCAUCUGCCAACCAGUGGGCGGCAUCUCUUCUGCCUGCCAGCCAGUGGGAGGAGUCUCCACUAUCUGCCAACCAACCUGUGGGGUCUCCAGGACGUACCAGCAGUCCUGUGUGUCCAGCUGCCGAAGAACUUGCUAA